AUGGCUCCACCUGUGGCACAAACCAUCACCGACCCUUCAAGCGUCACUGAUUUUGUUAUAAGCAAAAGUCAUGGAGUAAGGGGUCUUUCAGAAAUGGGACUAAAAGCCCUCCCCAAGCAAUAUAUCCAACCCCUUGAAGAAAGAAUUACUACUAUGAAUGUUGUGGCCACAACAAACCCUGGAGAGUACAUUCCCAUCAUCGACAUGUCGAACUCUGACGACCCAAAAGUUGCAGAAGCAAUUUGCAAUGCAGCGGAGAAGUGGGGGUUCUUUCAACUAGUGAAUCAUGGGGUGCCAAUCGAAGUGCUUGAGAAUGUGAAGGAAGCAACUCAUCGCUUCUUCGAGUUGCCAGCCGAGAAGAAGACUAAGUAUUCGGUUGAGCAUUCGGCCUCAAAAAAUGUCCGGUUUGGAACGAGCUUUAGUCCUCAUGCAGAGAAGGCUUUGGAGUGGAAAGAUUGGCUUAGUCUAUUCUAUGUGUCUGAGGAUGAGGCCUCUGCAUUCUGGCCUCCUGCAUGCAAGGCUGAAGUGCUGGAAUACAUGAAGAAGACCGACAUUCUUACAAAACAAAUCCUAGAAAUGCUAAUGAAAAGACUAAACGUGAAGGAACUGGACCAAGAAAAGGAACAUCUUCUAAUGGGAUCCAAGCGGAUUAACCUUAACUGCUACCCGGUGUGUCCAAACCCUGAGCUCACGGUUGGAGUCGGCCGUCACUCUGAUGUCUCAACACUCACAAUCCUCCUCCAAGACCACAUCGGUGGACUUUACAUCCGCGGAACCGAUAAGAAGAGCUGGGUUCAUGUUCCGCCAGUGAAGGGGUCGUUGGUGAUCAACAUAGGCGAUGCACUGCAAAUAAUGAGCAACGGACGAUACAAGAGCAUCGAGCAUCGAGUCGCAGCCAAUGGAUGUAAGAACAGAAUUUCGGUUCCCAUUUUUGUCAACCCAAGGCCAUCGGAUUUGAUCGCUCCGCUGCCGGAAGUUCUUGCAAGUGGGGAGAAAGCAGUGUAUAAACAAGUUCUCUACUCUGACUAUGUCAAACAUUUCUUCCGCAAGGCUCAUGAUGGGAAGGGUACAAUUGACUUUGCCAAAGCAUGAAGUUGUUACCAUGCAUUGUGGAAUGUUCUGUUGGGUGAAUAAGUUUAGCGAUCAA